GCACGUUGUUCCAGCGGACGUUCACACGCGCCUUUCCAUCGGUUGCCAAGCCGGCUCGGCUAUCCUCGCAGCGGACGAGACACUUCGUACAUAGGCCGGUCGUUCAACGUGGCCGAUCCUUGGACAUGGUGAGGGGGCAUGUUGAUGUGUCGGCGGUUGCUGCUGAUCGCAGCCGCGAUCACGGCCUCGAUCGAGGCUGGCUCCGCUAGUUACCAUCCUGGAAUAUCCUCCGACUAUUCCGGAUAUCCUGGUUACCCGGUCUAUCCGAGCCUGACGUCGUCCGAGUCCUCGUCGAGUGUGACCACCACGCCGACGACCAGCCUGGAGAAUGUGCCCGUCUGCAGGCCGUCCGAGUACCUGUGCGGCACCGGGAACUGCGUCGCUCAGGACAAGUACUGCGAUGGCGAAGAUGACUGCGGCGACAAGUCCGACGAGCCGAGAUACUGUAGCCCGUGCAAUAGAACCUUGUACGGUGACGUUGGCCGGACCUACAGAGUGGAAGUACGUCGGCCAAGGGAGGAUCGACUGCCGUUCUUGUGCCAUCUGAACUUCACCGCCGCCGGUUCUGAUCUAGGAGACCUAGUUCAGCUAACAUUCGACACGUUCACCGUCGGACGAUUCACAUCGUUCACGUCGGAGGGCUGUCCGGAUGGUUACAUGACCAUCCGUGAGGAGGGUCGUCCAGCGACCGGAGGGCAAUGGUGCGGUAGCGCGUGGGGAUACACUGUUUACUACAGCGAAACGCCUUCCAUCAAUUUGACGCUGUAUUUGCUGCGACUGUCCGAGCAGGGUAUCGGCUACAAUUUCGACUUCAAAUUGUCGUACAAGUUCCUCAGACGUAGCGAGGCUCAUCUCAGAUACGGGAAUAGCAGCAUGUCCACGUGGCGAGGAGAGCUGGUGAACGGCACCUACUGCGACCGUGUCCUCACCAAAUGCGACAUCAGAGCCUGUCGACUUCAAUCGCCGAAUUAUCCCGGUGUUUAUCCCAGAAACGUGACCUGUUAUUACCGGGUGGAACAGAAUCGAGCACCGCCCGGACACCGGCCUUUGCUGGCUGUGAGUCAACGGAACAGUCAUAAAAUACACAUUAAAGAUCAGGUCGUGAAGUACGAUCGCAGUCAGAGGAUACUCAGAGUCUGGGAUGAAUGCAACGUGGUGCAAGAUUAUUUGACGGUGUACGAUGGUGGUUCGACCACCGACAAGGUGUUGGUUAGGCUUUGCGGAGGAGACGCCGUGCCGGAUAUCGUUAGCAGUCACAACACGAUGCUCCUAGAGUUUCACACGUCCCCCUACGACAAUCCUUUUCAUCCGGUUCCUCUGUCGUUUCUACCGGGCUUUGAGCUCGAGGUUCAGGUGCUCUUCGUGGACGAGAAAUCGAGAAGUUUCGUGAAGGAGAACAACAAUUGCGAUUUUUAUAUAUCCAGCGAAGAAAGUUUAUCAGGUGUCGUGGAGAAUCCUAAGCACUCCUUACCUCCAAACACGACCUGCCGUUAUCACUUCCAAGGCAAGCCGAACGAAAUCGUUUGGUUGUCCUUUGUCAAAUAUUAUGCUGCCACUGCUGAUGCCGCCUCAAGCAUCGACGUUGCUUCGGACUGUAACGCGAAGCUUCUCAUAUGGGACGGUGAUCACACGAUAGAUAAAUUAGUUUCCAUGCGUAAGAAUAUUACACUGAUGGGGCAAUUCUGCAAGGACGACACUCCUCGCUUAUGCGAUCACAGCCUGCUGCGAAACGGAAGUCGUCACGCGAGGCCUUGCAGUCUCGCGGAGAGCUACGUAUCCAGCGGCAGGGAUCUAACCCUGGAACAUAUUCUACAUCAAGGAAGUGCACUUUAUCCGAUAAGCUUUGUACUGCGAUACGAGUUCGUGCACGAGUCGGCUUCGUGUAACCACGUGUUCGGUCCCUCGUCGACAUCAUCCACGUCUUCCACGUCCUCAUUAUCCUCCUCCUCUUCAUUCUCGUCGUCCGCCAAGUUAGGGAAAUUCGCGUCGCCGAAAAGUGUGUUCUUCUAUGGACGCGGUGGUGCGCAAAACGUUAGCUGUGUGUAUCGUUUCGAGGCCGAGCCAGAUCACAGGAUAGAACUGUCUGUAACGAGAGCCUCGUUCGGAGAGAAAGGAUGUUCCUCGUACGUGGACCCGUUGGUGAAUAGGUGGACCUGCGACCGACGGGUCGUCGACGCAAUGAAAAUAGGCACCGCGGAGCUGGUCGUCGCCGAGUAUCCCUGGCAAGGGGUUGAACUGGUCCGCGACUGUCUGUGUUCGAACGUCACCGAAAGGAUCCUGCUGAGGACUCUAACAUCCAACGUGGUUGAAGUUCGGUUCACGGUAACGCUGAUGAACGUCACCCAAGACUACAAGGACUUCUUCUUCGAGGGAGAGUACCGUUUCGUUCCGUUAGGUGCGGAUACCAGCGAGCAAGGAUGUUCCACGAAACUGGAGGAACGCCGUUUACGCGGGACCAGCGGUGAAAUAUCCCUUCGAAGUCCGCUUCCGCGAGUUCUUCCUGGCGUGGCCGCGGUCGAGGAGAUCCUUACCAACACGGAGGACUUAACCGCGACCCAGUGCGUGAACGAGCCGUGGCUGAUCGAGCCGGAAGACGCGAGGAUCAACUAUUUGUACUUGAGGACCACCGGGUACAGCAUCACUCUGGACAACGUUGAAGAAUGCACCACGUUGAAUCGCAUCGUCGUUUACUCGGCGGCUAACACGAGGGAUCGCAGCGUAAUUUGUCCGGAGGGUGGUGUCGACACCGCUAGAACGGUGGACUUCUUCUCCGGGGGAUGGAAUUACAGCGCUGUGAACGCCAGUGUGGCAAUGGCGCAACAUUCCAGGAGCUUCGUCGUGGAAUUUCUUCAAAGAGAGCCUGGUUUCUACGCUGUUACGUGGAUGGCCAUUUCCAAGAGAUCCCCUAGCCCUAGCGUCGGGCCAAACGUUUUUACGAUAUUACCCCAUGAAGAUUGUCCUUACAGAUGCCCGGAGAUCCAGGCUUGUAUCAGUUCAGUUUUAUGGUGCGACGGUAUUCGUCAUUGUCCUUCCGGCUUCGACGAAGAGGAGGCCAACUGUUCUUAUCGUUUCGGGGUGACGUUGCUUUACGUGGCCGUGGGCGCCGGUGCUCUAGGUAUAUUUUUGAUCCUUCUACUUGCUACCGGCUGCCUCAAGUACUGCCUGUACCGACACAAGGCUCGGAAGAAAAAAAAGAACGUCGCUCUGAACGUGAACCAUCUCCACGUGAAUCACACCCAUCACAACAACGGUCUUACCGGAAGCCGGCUUAGCGGACGGUACAACCUCGCCACACCGCAGGAGAUGUAUCUGGAGAAUUACGGGAAGGAUAGUAUUUGUUGACAAUACGCCAUCAUCGCCAAUAUCGAGACCACCGUGUGAAUAUACAGGAUUUUUAAAUACGCCUACCUCGCUGGCCUCUUUAAUUCCCUUGCGAAGAGAAGAAAGAAAAGUAAAAGGAUACCAGACGACGUAUUCUGUCGACUGAAUGUUCCCCAAUUUGGUGGCGCGUGAAUGCGCGUGAAAAUAUGUACGCAAUAAUCGUAUUAAAUUCCGUAGACCAAUUUGAAGGCAUUUAACGGACGAGCGGGUACAGAGUUCUUCGAAUCUUCCGACGAUGAUUUACCUUUUGUCGAGACGUAAAUAACCAUGUACUUAUAUCGAACAAAUGGUAAAUGAAAUCGAUGAAAAGUUCGAACGCUCGUGUAUAUGGUUCUCAUGAUAAAAACUGCGGUAUCAAGUAGCUCUAGGAGAACACGUUUUCUUUUUUUUUUUUUUUUUUUUUUUUUUUUUCUAGGUUUAAAGCAACGCGUGAAAACGAGAAGCAUACAGAGCGUGAGAGAACUAUAUAGUAGAAACUAAGGGAAGAGAAGAAUGCGAGAUACGUACGAGUAUAUGCUUUUAAAACGAUGUAGGGAAAAAACUUGUAAUUUGCAUCGGGAGAGAAUUUUUUAUUACGGUCGGUUGCCGAACGAGUGCCACAAACGUCCACGACGAGAAACGACGCAGAACAGAAUUUGGCGAAGAGAAGAAGAUGAAGAAAGAAAACGGCCGGUCCUAGUACAAAGUCCUAUAAACGAUAUUACAUAAAUCGCAUGUGAACAUCGGGGGGAAAAACGGAACUGAAAGAAAUGAAACACGCUGUGAUGUACUGGAAAAAAGAGAGGAAAGAAAACACGCCAGAAGAAGAGAGGAAAACAUUUUUAAAAAGUCCAAAAAACAAACAAAAAAAGUGAAGAGAAUUAUUUCCACCGAUAUUUGUCAGUUUUUUUAAAUCCGUUUUACUCUAUAAUUUUUAUAAUUAAUUAUCGGGUUUAAACGAUAUUCAUAUGCAAUUUAUUCUAAGGAUCACGACCAAAAUCAACCAACGCAUUAUCACGAAAUCCUUCCGAAUCGUUUUUAUUAAACCGAUCGGUGUAAUCUGCGUCGAUCCGUCGAUAAUUCCAUCGUUUUUUCUAAGAAAUACGGAACCACCAUUUAUGCGUUAACGUAAGAGUAUAGCUCGAUACAGUUCCUUUCGGAUCAAUUGAUUUUCAAUUUGAUGCCGGGUCAGCCUAUACUCCUGCGUUAACUCGCGAGAACGUAAAUCUAUCCAGAUUUCAUAAGUACAUUAACGAAGAUGAUAUAACAUAUAGUUAAAUCACACAUGUAACCCUAGGUUUGAUAUCGAUGCGCGAGGCUUGACUGGGAAUGUAGAGAUCGAUGUAUAGUUGAUUAUCAGUUUAAACGAAUGCGAAAAGAAACGAAGAAGAGAAGACGGGAACGACAACGCAUACAUUGUAACCCUAUUACGAAAGUGUUAAAUUACUAAAAAAAAAAAAAAAAAA